AUGCUCAGUACCGAUAGUCAGAAAGAUACGAGCAGCAGCAGCAGCAGCAGCAGCAGCAACAGCAGCAACAGCAGUCAAAAUAGCCUCAGUCGUUUUUCCAGUGACACAAGAGAUCAGCAGCAGCAGCAACAAACCCACGCAGCUGCAGCAGCAACACCAACCGACAUACACACACCCAACUCUGCGCUGCUGCAGCUGCAGCAACAGCCACCGCAGCAGCAGCAGCACCGAAUAAGGUCCUUGAGUUCUGUUCCUGCAGCAGCGAUAAGCAGCAGCAGCAGCAGCAGCUCGUUUGGCUUGUCUGCUGUGCAGCACGUUUGCGUCUUUGCUGCUGGAGUGGAUGGCGACAGCUGCAGCGCCACACACCGCUGCAGCAGCAGCUGCAGCAGCUGCAUCAAUGGCAUCUGCCGCUCUCUCCUGCCCCACACAAACAUUAUAAAAGAAAAUACAAUCCUUACAAGCAACAGUCCUCUUCCUCUUCCUUCUUCAGCUGUUGGUGCUGUUGUUGCUGCUCCUGCAGGUGCCACUGUUACUGCGUCUGCUGCUGCACCUGCAGCAGCAGCGGCAGCAACCACAGAUUCACUCAGGCACCUCCAGCAAAAGAGCAAACGGCAGCAACAGCGGCAGCAGCAGCAGCUGCUGCCGCAGAUUUCUGAUGAAUUGAAGGAGAGGAAGCGUUCGGCCUUACAGCUGUUACGGGAGCUGCGAACAGCAGAAACAGCAGCAGCAGCGGCAGCAGCAGCAGCCGGGGGAGAGGCAGGAUUAUUUGAUUUGUUUAGUGGUUCUGUUGGAUCCAAGACAUUAGCAGAGCUGCGGCUGGAUGCAAUUAAUAGCAACGACAGAACAACAGCAGCAGCAGCAGCAGCAGCUGCUGCUGCUGCUGCUGCUGCGGGAGUCUCUCCUGCAGCAAUGCAGAUAAAGGCAUUAGCACACACUAAUAAACACAAGCCGUCUCAUAGGACUCGCCCUCUUUAUCCAACGCAUGCAUUUGGUCUUCUAUGCCUUCCUGCUGCAGCAGACAGUCCAUUGGGGCUGCCAUGGACUGCUUCUUUUUGUCCGCAGCAACACACAUCAGUUGCAGCAACAAAAAGGCACUCAACAACGCAGCAAGCAUUGAAGCGAUCCCGCCAAUACAUAAUCACCAGCAGCAACGACACCAACAGCAGCAGCAGGGAUAGCAACAGCAACAAGGGCGACAACAGUACCAGCAGCAACAGCAACACAAGCAGCAAAACCACCAUCAACAUCAUCACCGCCGACAGCAGCAGCAGCAGCAGCAGCAGCGAAAGUUUGGAUGGCCUGUCUGCGUCCUCUAUUCCUGUUGAAAGCAAUAAUGGAGGAAACAGCAUUCUGCUGCUGCCGCCGCUGGGGACCGACGUGAGGGUUGUGCCGUUGCAGCAGGUGCCAGCAGCAUCUGCUGCCAGUGCUGCAGCAAACCAAAAUGUGGUGCUGCUGCACCAGCAGCAAGAAGCCAAUGCCAGCAGCGGCAGCUACGGAUCAACCUCCAAGCAGCAACAACAACCGCAGCAGCAACUGGUGCUACGCAUACAUCCACAGCAGAACAAUCUCCUACAACAAACCCCACAGCAGCAACAGCUGGUGCUCACACAGCCGCAGCAGCAAGAGUUACUGCAACAGAACCCGCACGAGCACCAGCUACUGCUCACACAACCGCAGCAGCAACAGCUGCUGCUCACGCAGCGGCAGCAGCAGGAGCUACUGCUCACACAGCCGCAGCAGCAGGAGUUACUGCAGCAAACACCGCAUGAGCACCAGCUACUGUUCACACAACCGCAGCAGCAAGAGCUACUGCUCACACAACCGCAGCAGCAACAGCUGCUGCUCACACAACCGCAGCAGCAACAGCUGCUGCUCACAAAACCGCAGCAGCAACAGCUGCUGCUCACACAGCCGCAGCAGCAAGAGGUACCGCAACAAUCCCCGCAAGAGCACCAGCUACUGCUCACGCAACCGCAGCAGCAAGAGUUACUGCUGCUCACACAACCGCAGCAGCAAGAGCUGCUGCUCACACAGCCGCAGCAGCAAGAGGUACUGCAACAGGCCCCGCAUGAGCACCAGCUACUGCUCACGCAACCGCAGCAGCAAGAGUUACUGCUGCUCACACAGCCGCAGCAGCAACAGCUGCGGCUCACACAGCCCCAGCAGCAAGAGUUGUUGCAACAGACCCCGCAUGAGUACCAGCUACUGCUCACGCAACCGCAGCAGCAAGAGUUACUGCUGCUCACACAGCCGCAGCAGCAACAGCUGCUGCUCACACAGCCGCAGCAGCAAGAGUUACUGGUCACACAGCCGCAGCAGCAAGAGUUACUGGUCACACAACCGCAGCAGCAACAGCUGCUGCUCACACAGCCGCAGCAGCAAGAGUUACUGCAACAGACCCCGAAUGACCACCAGUUACUGCUCACGCAGCCGCAGCAGCAACAGCUGCUGCUCACACAGCCGCAGCAGCAAGAGUUACUGCUGCUCACACAGCCGCAGCAGCAAGAGUUGUUGCAACAGACCCCGCAUGAGCACCAGCUACUGCUCACGCAACCGCAGCAGCAACAGUUGCUGCUCAUACAGCGGCAGCAGCAAGAGUUACUGCAACAGGCCCCGAGUGACCACCAGUUACUGCUCACACAGCCGCAGCAGCAACAGUUGCUGCUCACACAGCCGCAGCAGCAAACGUUGGUGCUACAAGCCCCAAACGACCACCAGCUACUGCUUACGCAACCGCAGCAGCACCAGGUAGUGCAACAGACCCCGCAGAAGCAACAGCUAGUGCUCGUACGGCCGCAGCAGCAGCAAACACCACAGCAGCACCAGCAGCUGCUCACGCAGCCGCAGCAAAAAACGCUCGUGCAGCAAACCCAACAGCAGCAGCAACUGGCGGUCACACAACCGCAACAGGAAACGUUGCAGCAACAAUCCCCCCCAAAGCAGCAGCUGCUGCCCACACAGCCGCAGCAGCAAACAUCGCAGCAGCAAACAUCGCAGCAGCAAACAUUGCAGCAACAAACCCCACAGCAGCAACAGGUGCUGAUCGCACAGCCCCAACAGAAACUUGAGAAGCAGCAACAGCUGCAGCAGACACAGACACACGAGCCAGUGCUGCUGGCGCAAAACUCAAAGCAGCAGGUGCAGCAAGUGCAGCAGCAGCAGCAGCAGCAGCCGCAAGAGCUGCUCCUGCAGCAGAAGCCGACGAAGGAGCAAACGCUGCUGCAACAAAUCCCCGGAGACAAGCAACAGCUGGUGCAGAUGCCAGUGCAGCAACAGCAGCAACCUCUGCAAGAGCUGCCUCUGGGGAAGGAAAAAGUGCUGCUGGUAGAAGAAAACCCACAAAAGCAGCAGCAACAGUUGCAGCAGCAACAACAGUUGCAGCAGCAACAACAGUUGCAGCAGCAGCAGCUUUCGAAGCUCCAUCCAGCACCGAUGGAACAGCAGCAACCGCUGAUGCUGACGCAGCACCAGCAAGACCCUGAACACAAGGAGCAGCUGUUGCAGCAGCAGCAACAACAGCAAGCCCCCGAGAAGCAGCAGGUAUGGCAGGAGAAACAGCAAGACCCCAAGAAGCUACAGGUGUGGCAGGAGAAACAGCAAGACCCCGCGAAACAGCAGAUGUGGCAGGAGCAGCAGCAGGACCCCGAGCAGCAGCAGGUGUGGCAGGAGAAACAGCAAGACCCAAAAAACCAGCAGGUGUGGCAGGAGAAACAGCAAGACCCCAAGAAGCAGCAGGUAUGGCAGCAGCAGCCACAAGACCCGGCGAAGCAGCAGAUGUGGCAGGAGCAGCCACACGACCCAGAGCAGCAGGAGGUGUGGCAGGAGCAGCAGCACGACCCCGAGCAGCAGGCGGUGUGGCAGGAGCACCAGCAAGACCCCGAGCAGCAGCAGGUAUGGCAGGAGAAACAGCAAGACCCCAAGAAGCAGCAGGUAUGGGAGGAGCAGCCGCACGACCCCGAGCAGCAGCAGGUAUGGCAGGAGCAGCCGCACGACCCCGAGCAGCAGCAGGUGUGGCAGGAGCAGCCGCACGAUUCCGAGCAGCAGCAGGUGUUGCAGGAGAAACAGCAAGACCCCAAAAAGCAGCAGGUGUGGCAGGAGAAACAGCAAGAACCCCAGAAGCAGCAGGUAUGGCAGGAGAAACAGCAAGACCCCAAGAAGCAUCAGGUAUGGCAGGAACAGCCGCAAGACCCACGAAAGCAGCAGCUGUGGCACGAGCAGCCGCACGACCCAGAGCAGCAGGUGUGGCAGGAGCAGCCGCACGACCCCGAGCAGCAGCAGGUGUGGCAGGCGCAGCCGCCAGACCCCGAGAAGCAGCAGGUAUGGCAGGAGAAACAGCAAGACCCCCAGAAGCAGCAGGUAUGGGAGGAGCAGCCGCACGACCCCGAGCAGCAGGCGGUGUGGCAGAAGCAGCCGCAAGACCCAAAAAAGCAGCAGGUGUUGCAGGAGAAACAGCAAGACCCCGAGAAGCAGCAGGUGUGGCAGGAGCAGCCGCACGACCCCGAGCAGCAGCAGGUGUUGCAGGAGAAACAGCAAGACCCCGGGAAACAGCAGGUGUGGCAGGAGCAGCCGCACGACCCCGAGCAGCAGGAGGUGUGGCAGGAACAGCCGCACGACCCCAAGGCGCAGCAGGUAUGGGAGGAGCAGCCGCACGACCCCGAGCAGCACCAGGUAUGGAAAGAAAAACAGCAAGACCCCAAGAAGCAGCAAGUGUGGCAGGAACAGCCGGAAGACCCAAAAAGUAAGAAGGUGUGGCAGGAGCAGCCGCACGACCCCGAGCAGCAGGCGGUGUGGCAGGAGCAGCCGCCAGACCCCGAGCAGCAGGAGGUGUGGCAGGAGCAGCCGCACGACCCCGAGCAGCAGCAGGUAUGGAAGGAGAAACAGCAAGACCCCAAGAAGCAGCAGGUGGGGCCUGAGCAGCCGCACGACCCCGAGCAGCAGCAGGUGUGGCACGAGGAUCAGCAAGAUCCCAGGCAGCAGCACUUAUGGCAUCAGCAACAAAUGCACCAGCAAGAUCCCGGAGAGAAGAUGUUAUGGCAGCCACAGCAACAACAACAGGAGCCAGAGAAGGAGCAGUUUUGGCAGCAGCAGCAACUGCAGCAACACGUUGCCGAGCAACAGCGGUUGGGGAAGCAGCAACACCUCCUACAGGAUCCCGAGCAGCAUCAGUUAUGGCAACAGGAACAGCAACAGCUUGGGCCCGAGAAACCGCAGCAGUUGCUGCAGCAGCAGCAGUUGUUGCGGCGGCAGUACCCGUCACAGCAGCUCCAUAAGCAGUUGCCUCAGGACUUCGAGCAGCAGCAGGAAAACAUCCAGCAGCAACAGCCGCAGCAUGCAGAUGUGCUGCAGCAACACACCGGCAAAGAGGAAGAUCCUCCCUACCAACUGCAGCAGCAGCAGAAAAAACAACAACGACAGAAAACCCAGCAGCAAAUGCUGCUGCAGCAGCCCUCUGAAGACCUACAAACUUCCUUGCUGCUGCCACCAGAGAGACGACCUCAGCCUAUGGUCGAAGCAGAGCAGCAGUUGCAGCCCCUGCAGAAGCAGGCAAUGCAAAAGCAGGUGCUGCAGAAGCAGGCACAGGAGCAGAGGAAGCAGUUGCUCCUACAGCAACAGGAGGCGCAACAGCUGCUGGUGGAGCAACCACUGCAGCAGCACCAGCAGCAAGAACAGCCGCUGCUGAACCGGCAGCGUGUGCCGGACUUCCAUGCAGUGCAGCAGCAACAGAAACAGCAACAGGAGCUGAUGAUGUUGGAGCAGCAGCAGGCAGAGGGAGAAACGAGCACGAAAUUUAAUAACAUCGGCACUUCACAACGGCAGCAGCAGCAGCAUCAGGAAAAGCAGCAGCAGGAGCUGCUGCUGUUGCUCCCUCCCGACGACGAGUUGGGCAGCACGGAGAGCAGCAGCUACACCACACCUGAUACGUCUCCCCAGAGCAGAACCAGUAGCACCAGAAGCAGAAAAUUCGGCAGCAACAGCAGCAGCACAAGCAGCAUCAAAGACAGCAGAAGCACAAGCAGCAUCAACGCCAGCAGCAGCAGCGGCAAGACAAGCAGCAUCAACGCCAGCAGCAGCAGUAGCUUGCUCACCAGCGGUGACAGCAGCAGCAGUUUCCCAAACAGCGAUAGUAGCAAUAUAAACUUCCUCAAUGGCAGCAGCAGCACCAGCUUCAUUAGCAGCGGAAGCAGCAGCAAGGAAAGCAGCGGCAGCAGCAGCAGCAACUUCAUCAGCAGCGUCAGCAACGAAAAGCGCGGCAGCACCAGCACCAGCAGCAGCUUCAUCAGCAGUGGAAUUAGCAGCAGCAGCAGCCGCGGUAGCAGCAGCGGGAAAAGCGCCAGCAGCAUCAUCAGCAGCAAUACCAGCAGAGGCGGCAUCAGCAGCAGCGGCGGAAGCAGCAUUAGCGAAAGCAGCCUCCUCAGCGGCACCAGCAGCAGCGAGGGUAGCGGCAUUAGUUUCAUGAGCGACAGCAGCAGCAGCAGCUUCAAUAACAGGAACAGGAGCAGUAGGAGGAGCAGCAGCAGCAGCAAGAACACGAGCAGCAGCAGCAACAGCACUGACGGAGGCAGGGAGGCAGUAGCAUUUAUGAAUUUAUCUCCAGAAGCAAACAACCCAGAAAUUUUUAUCGACUCCGCAGAUGACCUCGCAAAGAUAGAUAUAGCCUUGGCAAGGGGGCAAGACAGCAUCAACGGACAGCCGCAGCAGCAACGGAAACGGCAACCGCAGCAACAACAGCAUCGAAAACAGCAUCAGCAAGGCCGGCAGCACGAGCGGAACCAAGUGCUGCAGCACGAGCUGCAGGACGAGCUGCCGCACGAGCUGCGGCACAAACAGCAACUAGAGCAGCAGCACGAGCUGCGGCACAAGCAGCAGCAAGACAAACAGCAAGACCAGCAGCAAGACCAGCAGCAAGAGCAGGAACCACGGGAUGUCUGGGGAGGCGGGCCUGGAUUAUCACGAAUAGAAGGCUUCCCUGUUGGGAAGUCAGAUGGCAGCAGCAGCCGCAGCAGCAGCAGCAGCACGGAUUCACUUUCUUUCUUAGACGAAGGCGAGAAGCAGCACACAACAGCAGCAGCUGUGCGUACGCCUCGUGGGCGCCAACAUAUGGAGUCUGCAGAACGCAAUAGAAGACGGCCGCCGCGCACACCACAUUCUGCCGCUGCUGUUGCUGCAGCUAUCGAUGCUGCUCCUGUUGCUGUUUCAACUGCUUCUGAUACUACCACCUCUAUUUUUGUUGAUCCUGAUCCUGAUCCUGCUGCUGCUGCUGGUCCUGCUGCUUUUGCUGAACCUGCAGCAGCUAGCCGUGAUUCUGCGGCUACAUAUGAGUCUGGCACUGCUUUUGCUGCUUCUCCUGCAGCCACUUUUGCUGCCACCCCUGCUGCUGAUCAGGCUUUUGACCCUGCUUUUGACAUUUCUGCUUCUCCUGCUGCCGCUCCUGCAUCUGCUCUUGCUGCUCCUGCUGCUGCUGAGGAUGAGUUGGAAGAGGACGAGGAGGAAGAGGCUUGGGGAGGAGGAAUUCUUGAGGCUGCUGUUUCAGGUAUGCAGAAACCGCAACAAGACGGCGUCUCAAACAGCUCCUCACAAUCUAACGGAACAAGACAGGCCAUCAGCAGCAGCCGCAGCAACAAUAGCAGCAGCAGCACAAGUAGCAGGACAAGCAGCAGGACAAGCAGCAGCACGGCAUCAGCACAAGAAUAUGAAAUGCUGCAGAGGCCUUCUUCCUCUUCUGCUGCAGCAGGAGUAAUCGGCCUUCUCCCUGAAGAGACCGCCGACAUUUUUUUUGAUGUCGAAGAGAGCAGCAGGAGCAGCAGCAGAAGCAGUAGCAGCAGAACCAGCAGAAGAAGAAGCAGCAGAAGCAGCAGCAGAAGCAGCAGCAGUUCUGCUGAAGAGAAACAUAUUCUUUCUCGCCCGGUGAGCGGAGAUGAAAGCAUCGAGGGCGAUGUAGAUGAGGCAGACCAUGAUGGAGCAGCAGCAACAGCAGCAACAGAAGCAGAAACAAUUGCAGCAGCACCAGAAGCCGCAGCAGAAGACGAGUAUCCACAUGAACAGUUAAGCGGCAAGGCCACUGCCUUUCCUAUGCAAGUGGGCAGCUCCUCCAUUGCGGCGUUCGCAGAAGCAGGACCAGGGGGAGGAGGAACAGCAGCAGCGACAGCCACAACAAAAAAAUCAACACCACAGCAGAAACCGGUAUCACUGGCUCCUAGAAGGCCAUCUGCAGCCCCAAGGGGCAAUAAGCCCUUUGGCGAAACUGCUGCAACAGCAGCAGCAGAGGUAGUAGCAGAAGCAACAACCGAAACAGAAGAAGCAGCAGAAGAAAUAAUAGAACCAGCAACAGAAGUUGCAGCAGAUGCAGAAGAAGCAAUAACGGAAGCAGCAACAGAAGCAGCAGCAGAUGCAGAAGAAGCAAUAAUAGAUGAAGCAACAGAAGUAGCAACGACAGCAGUAGCAGCAGGCCAGUUGCUGCCCGCAGCUGCUACAUUGCCUGUUUGGGGAGUAGAGACACAGGAGGCAGCAGCAGAUGAGGAUGCUGUGGUUUUCUAUGAGGACCCACAUGCAGCAGGUGCAGACACAGACACAGAAGCAAACACACAACAAGUUGAAAAGGUAGCAGCAACUCCAGCAGCAGCAGCAGGCAACGGGCCCAACGCAUACGCCCGUCAACAGCAAAACCGUCUAUCCACUCCUGCAGCUGCUGUCAAGCCUUCGGGCACAGCACGAGGAGGAGGAGCAGCACCACCAGGAGAAGCAGCAGCAGCGGCACCAGCAAUAGGAGCAGGAGCAGGUGCAUUGAGCGGGGAAAUAGCAGCAGUAGAAGCCACGUCCGCACUUGGAGCAGCGUCAGCAGCAGGAGAAACAGCAGCGCCAGGAGAAGCAGCGGUACAAGCAGCAGCAUCACCAGAAACUGCCAACAUCGGCGACGCAUCCGUUGUGGGGCCUCCUGUUAAGAAACGGGGAAGCAUGUCUCCUCGUGGAGAUUUCCUAGCUCAGGUUAACGCUCCUGCUGGUGCUGCUGCAGGCAAGGGGGGAGGCGAAGAGGGAGGCGAUGAAGAGGAAUGGGUGCCGUGGGACGAAAGCUGGGGAGAUGACGUCCAGUGGAUUGACGAGGAAGAAGAUGCCCUCCCUAGCAGCAACAGCAGCAGCAGCAACAGCAGCGGCAGCAACAGCAGCAGCAGCAACAGCAGCAGCAGCAACAGCAGCAGCAGCAACAGCAGCAGCACUAUUGGCAGUGGUAGCGGGAGUAGCGGUGGGACGGCACCACCUGCCGCUGGAAACCUUUCGCCGAUGCAGACGCAGUUGCCGCAACAGCCACAGCAGCAGCAGAUGUUCCUUCAGCAUCAACAGCAGCAACAACAAAAACCGCUGCAGCAGCAGCAGAACAGCUACGGCACUUGCGACCUUCUGAGUGCUGCACGUGGCGAAUGCAGCUCUCCCUAUGCCUCGCAACAGGCACGAGAGCAGCUGUAUCAGCAGCAGCAACAGCAGCAGCAGCAGGCCUUGGGUUCAUCAGGUCGAUAUCCUCCCAUUUUUCAGUCUCUUCAGGGCAGCCUAAGCCCUAGAGGAUUAUCGGGAUGCGACAGCACCUGCUGCAGAGAGGUGAGCAGCAAUUCCGCUGCUGCAGUUGCUGCUCCUGCUAUUGCUGCUACUGCAGGUGCUGGCGGCUGUUCCCCACAGCGGCGGCUAGGGGAGUCUUGUUUAGGCUUUGCUGCUUUGGAGUGUCUUGGCGGAGGUGUGUGUAUUAGUAGAAAAUGCUCCCCUCCCUUCUCUGUGCUGCCUGCUACUGUCAGCCACACUGCAGCAGAAGCACCAGAAGCAGCAGCAACAGCAAUCAACACACCAGUAGAUAUCCUCCCAACAGGAGAAGACGACGCAGCACGAACAGCAGCAGCAGCAGCACCCCGAGGGGUGGUGAGCAUUGGCCCUGCGGUGUCUCCCCUUCACGUUUGUGUCCCUUGGAGUCGUCCAGUGCUUGUGGGGGUUCUUCCUGCUUCUACCUCUCCUCACCCACAACAGCAGGAACAGCAGCAGCAGCAGGAGCAGCAGCAGGAGCAGGAGGACCAAGCUUUGUUGCAGGUUGCAUGCGAAGCCUUAGAAGGGCAGGAGUGUUCUAAGGAUGCAGACUGUUGGGGGUUUGCCUCUCCCUUUGGUUAUUGCCUACAAGAACAAGGACGAUGCAGAUCUCCUCCUUUUCCUCUUUGUCUUCCUCUUAUGCAAAAGCUGUUAUCCAUUCAAUUAGAGGCAUUUAGCCAUUCUCUUGGUGCCUUCCAGCACCAGUACCCCCAGCAGCAGCAGCAACAGCAACAGCAGCAGCAACAGCAACCGCCUAUAGAAGCCAUGGUGCAGCAGCAAGCUCAGGCAUUCUUGUUUGCGUCUGUUCCCCAGCCUUCCCAUUUUGCUAGGGGGGCCCCCAAGGGGGCAUGGGGGCCCCUUGGUGUUCCUAAUGGCAAUAUUAUCGCCCCUCCUCUGAGGGAGGAAUCAGCAGCGCAGCAGGCGGGUUUGCUGCAGGCAGCUCUUGUUUGCUGCUUUAAAUACAGAGAGACACAGCAGCAGCAGCAUAUGCUGGAGCAGAUUGUAGAUCUGAGCGGCCUCUCCGAAGGGCCGCAGUGGAAUAUCCCCUGGCUACCCAAUCCUCCCGCCAUUGCUGCUGAUACACUCCAGCAACAGGAACAGCAACAGCAACAGCAACAGCAAAAGGAGCAGCUUAUGCAACAGCAGCAACAACAGCAACAGCAACAGCAACAGUUGCUGCUACUGCAGCAGCAACAUCAGCUCCUUAUGCAGCAGCAGCAGCACCACCAGCACCAGCAGUUGCUUCAGCAGCCACAUGCCCUCCCCGGAGCCCCUCAGCUGUGGGCUGCUGGGGGAACCCCACCUUCAGCCAGGCGGCUACAGAGGGAGCAGGAGCAGCAGGAACAGCAGCUGCAAGAGAAGGAACAGGAACAACAGCAGCAAGAGCGCGAACCGGAACAGGAACAUCAACAGGAACGGGAACAGGAAAUGGAACAGCAACGGGAGGAGAAGCAGGAACAGCAGCCGGACGAGGAGGAGGACGAGCAGGAGCAGAAGCAGGUCUCUGAAUCGGUAGUGGUAGCAGCAAAAGGGCCUCGCAGCAACGGAGAGGGCCCCGCGUUUAGUGGAACUGUCUGCAGCAUUGCCGCCGUUGAUUUGCUGCUGCAUUCGUUAAGAGAGAUAUUUGAUUUAAACCUUUCUCCUGCUGCUGCUGGCACCACAGCUGCCAAUAUCCACACAGAUGGGCUAGAUGCUGUCUUUGAUGCGGGGGCAGCAGCCCAGCAACAGCAGCAGCUGCAGCAAUUGCAGCAGCAGCAGAAGCAAGCUCCACUCCUUGAAACAGAAGCACUCCUCAGGCUGCAGCAUGAAGAGCAGCAGAGGCAGCAGCAGCUUCUUAUGCACCAAUAUGCAGUCAGCAACGCCCAGAGACAGCAAGACAUGCACCAACAACAGCAGCAGCCGCAGCUAGGAGCAGCCACCCAGCCAGCAGCAGGUGCUCUAGUGUCUGCUCCAGGAACUGCAGCAGCGGCCUCGCAGCUCCCUUCGCCCCUUGUCCUCAACCCCACUACAACACCGGAGCAGCAGCAGUUGCUGUUGCAACAACAACAGCUGAUGCAGCAGCAACAGCAACAACCCUUCGUCGCCCAGAACACCGACACCGCCCCGCAGCAGCAACUGCAGCAGCAACUGCAGCAUCAGCAGCCGCAGCAAGUUGAUGGUAUUCUUCCAGGGCCAAACGGCCUUCAGCAAGCGCUGCUGCAGCCUGCUGGUGGCUCCAGCAUGCAAACGCCAGCUGCUGCAUUAAAGCCACCAGCAGAACCAACGCAGCAGCAGCUGCUGCUGCAGCAGCCACUGCAGCAACAGUUAGCGCUGCACCAACAGCAGCCACUACAGCAGCAGCCACUACAGCAGCAGCCACUGCAGCCGCAGCCACUACAGCAGCAGUUAGCGCUGCAAGAACGACAGCAGAUGCCGCACGUCAUCUCAACAGAGCCGGGACCUCAGUUUGGUCUCAGCGGAAGACGAAUAGACAGCACAUCUGCUCUAGCAGCAGCAGCAGCAACUGGACAGAUGGGACCCGCAGAGCAGCAGCAUCUGCAGCAGCAGCUGCUGCAACAGCAGCAAGUGCCUUCGCCAACUGAUCCAGCUUCCGGUGGUGGUGACGCGUAUGCUGUGCGAAGACAGGCAGAACGCCCAGCAGCGGCAGCAACCGCAGGAGGAGCAGCAGCAGCAGCACCAGCAGCAGCAGCAUUAGCUGCUGCAAUGCCUCCGUCCGGGAGCCGUCAGGCCACAACCUCCCCAGCGGAAAGACCAGCAGCAACACCAGCUGCUGCUGCUAGAGGCGGCCAGGGAGCAGCACAAGGAGUACCAGUGGAGUUGUGGGCAGACCCUGCAGCAGCAGCGGGAGACGGCAGCAGCACAAACCGCUUUCCUCAAGAAUUGCAAGGAGGAGGGAUAAUGCUACAGCAGCAAGUACCCAGAAACAGGCAACGUAACAACACAAUCAGCCGGCCGCAGCAGCAGCUGCUCCAGCAGCAGGGGUCUGGACAGCAUCUGCAUACACCUGCAGCUUCUUACGGCAAUACAAACUUCCAGGUCCCCGUCAGUAGCAGCAGCAACAACCCCAACACCAUCGGCACUGCACCUCCUGUGUCUCGCCGCGAGAGGCAGCAGCAACUGCAGCAGCAGCACCAUUACUACCACCAGGCCAGGCUAGCUGCUCAAAAUGCGCAGCGGCAGCAACGGCAACAGCAGCACCAGCAACACCGCCAGCAGCAACUGCAAAUGCAGUUGCCAUUGCAGCAAGGGGGCUCUCGUACACGCCCUUCAGCAGCAGCACCAGCAGCACCAGCAGCAGAACCAGCGGCGACCCUCCCGGGAGUGAGCUCAGCAUAUCAGCCCACUGUGCAGCAUUCGUAUGCCGCCCCGCACUACCAGCAACAGCAGCAGCAUCAGCAGCAUCAGCAUCAGCAGCUACAGCAGCGGGAGGAGGCGUUGCUGUUACCCCAGCAACCGUAUAUAUCUACUGCUCAGGUUUACUCCCCACCAUCUCAGCAGCAGCAACAGCAGCAGGAGCAGCCGUUCCCCUUGGGGGCCACCCAUCCUGUGCCGGCUUCACAGAGGAGAUGGGCUCACGCAAAACCCGUAGAAGGCCUAGGGGGCCUACCCAAGGCAACCCCACAGACAAAUACAGCUCCGCAAGGGGCCCAGCAGAAGCAAACCCCACUAUGGGGGGCCCCCACAGGGGCCCCCAAUAAAGUGGCCCACCAGGGAUAUGGUGGUCGCGGGGCCCCUAUGAGGACCCUUAUAGGGCCCUUCCUCAAUGGGAAUACCCUUUUGGGGGCCCCUGAGGUGUUUGACAGUUCUGCUAGGCAUUUGGCGGAGGCAAAGAGGGGACCAAAGGAGAAAGAAGAAAAGGUUUUAAUGAGGAUUAAAAUACAGGAGAAAACGUUGCUGCAGCAGCUGCAGCAGCUGCUGCCUCGAGUGCAGCAGCAGGAUGUCUUCUUAGGGGGAUUAUUGGCAGUGUUGAGGGAGCAGCUAGCGCUGCAUCUACGAGGGGAUUGGUUCGAAGUAACGGCGUUAAACCUGAGGAGACAUGGGGUAUGGAAGAUGGCAGUAUGGAGUUAUGUAUACCUGCGCAUACACUCCGAAGGCCGCCCCUUGCAGCGGUGGGAGAGGUCCUUAAGAGCCCUCGUACAAUGGAUGCAGGCACUGCAGCAGCAGCAGUUGCAGAAGCAGAAACAGCAACAGAAACAGCUGCAGCAGCAGCUGGAGAUCAUGAAGGACUUAGCUGCUGAGCUGGUGUCGCUGGUGGGAGCAGCAGAAACCCGCAGUUUGCUGAAGGAGACUACGGAGGGCCGAGGUAGUGUCGCUCGUCCUGCUGUGCUGCUGUUGCAGCUGCUGCAGCUGCUGCAGGUGCUGCAGUCACAGCAGCGGCAACAGCAAGAGAGGUCUCAAAGCUACCGUGUUGCAACGGCAACAGCAAAGGGGCUGCUGCUGCUGCUGCAGCGGCUAGUGGAAGAAAGUUUGACGGCUGCGCUCCCUGAAGUAGACCCGCUGGAGGUGGUGGGUCUGUACGCAGACAGCAACUCCAUCUUUAUAUCGUUGUUAGGGGCCCCUACCCUUGAGUCUGAAGUGUACAGUCACCUCAACCAAACGGAAGAAGCAUUUGCUUCCAAUAAGACAGACAUUUCUUAUUUGUUGCCUCCCUUUUCUCUCCUCUUUUGUCUAUCCCCCAAUGAAGUCAAAGUGAUUGAAGGAUAUGCCACGCUGGUGGAAACAGCAGAAGAGGAGCUGCCGCCCCUCCAGCCAAUCCUCUGUCUCUUUAACAAACAUCUUCUCCUUCAAGCAGCACAACAUAAGCAGCAGCAGCAGCAGCAGCAGCAGCGGCAGCGGCAAGAGGAAGGGGUUUUAGAGGAAGCGUUUGAGAAGGCUGGUCUUCUUGUUUCUGAUUUACUAAUGGAUGCAUGCAGUGGCGUUUGCGUUAUUGAAGAGACAGGAAUAAGCGAGUCAGAAGAAGUUAUCGCUUUCUCCUUCUCUGUAGGCUACCAUCCUGCUGCCCCUGCUGCGGCAGCGAGUACUGCAGUAGCAGCAGCUGGUGACGCUGCUGGUUGA